UGACACUCAGUGUGUUGUAAAGGUCGGAGUUGUUCUCGUGUUGAACAUGCUUUCAGGGGCACAAGUACAACAUUCAUAACAUUCAGCAUGCGUGUGUUACUCCGUCAUUGUAUCUGAUGCUUACAGUUUUCUUUCACACCUUGCUCCUUCCCCCUUGACUCUCCCUUCUCCUCCCCUCCUCUCCUCCUCCUCUCCUCCUUCCCCCUUGACUCUCCCUUCUCCUCCCCACCUCUUCCUCCCCUCCUCCCCUUCUGUAGGAGAGCAAACAGUUGUCCCUUCAGUCGUCCUCGUGAAACCCCAAUCUCUCUCCCUCCUGUACUCCCUGUUCACCCACGGCUGCGUGGCCACGCAUGACUCCAGGACUUAAAAUGGUCCACACAAACGCACACAGUCAUGAAGAAGACGUGACCGCGCCUCUUCCCCUCAGGAGGUAGAAAGUAUUUGGUAUGGACCCUCAAAUCAUCAAAAAGUUCUACAGCUGCACCACUGAGAGCAUCUUGACUGGCUGUACGGUACCAGUGCAUCAAGUCUGACACCAACAGUCUCCUGAACAGCUUCUACCCCCAAGCCAUUAGACUGCUAAAUCGCUAACAAAAUGGCUACACGGACUAUCUGAAUUGACCCUUUUAUUUUAUUUUUGCACUGACUAUGCACACUCACAGGACUCCACACACACGCGCACGCGCACGCGCACGCGCACACGCACACGCACACGCACACGCACACGCACACACACACACACACACACAGUAUACCUGCACAUUGUAAAGAUAGUAUUGGCACUGACCCUGUAUAUAGCUUACUUACUUACUUACUUACUUGUGAUUUUUUGAUCUACUUUACUUUAUAGUACUACUGAUAUUGAUUAAUGCAUUGUUGGGAAAGAGUUCGCCAAGAAAGGCAUUUCACUGUACUUGUUCACGUGACACUAUAACUUGAAACUUGAAACACACACACACAGUCACACCAGCCAGCUGAAUCUCACAAGCCUUUAUUCUAGAACACACUGCGCGAUCCCAUUUUAUACGAAGGCAAACGAGUGACAUCUCACGACACACAGAGACACCAUCGUUUUAGGGCUUAACCUUCCUCCUAUCUUCCCCAUAUCUCACACUCAGGUGUGAAAUUGCCCUCAAACACAAAGACAGAAUCAAACCAUGUCAAACGGCUGGGGGAAGGAGGAGAGAUCUGACGUUGGAAAUCCCUGUGGUUUUCCGAGCAAGGAGGAAUGAGGAAUAAGUUUAGCUAAUUAGCGUGUCGGUUCAGCCGCCCAGGGAAAUGACUCCACUUGAACCCAUCACUAGUCUUCUGCUACAGUCAGAGAAUAGUUUCCCUGGCAUUGAAAUUGUUUUUAUUAGCUUGUCUUGGCUCUGCUUACGUUUGCAAAAUUCUGGUAAAUUUCCCAAAAUUGCCAGGUUUUCCAGAAAUCCUGGUUGGAAGAUUUCCGGAAUCAGGAGGGAAUAAGAAGGAAUCCUCCAAACACUCUUUCUGGUAAACAUGGGAAUUCUGGGAAAGUUUGUGGAAUUUUGCAACACUAAAUCUGUUAGAAUGUCUGUUUUCUACCACUACUUAGUUGUUGAAAAGUCUAUUAUAAAAGUCUAGGGUUGGAAAGUUAUAGGAACUAAACUUAAGCAAUACCUACAAUAAACUGUAUUUGGUUGUACUUUUAUAUGAACAGCUGCUGUUUUUAUAAUGUGUAUGGUAAUAUAAUUCAUACAUCAUUUAUUGUCACCCUGCCAUUUUAAAACUAAAGAUGGCUACUGUAAUAUCCAUCCAAAAGCACAAACAACCUAAACUAACUGGUUCAAAGUCCCCAUUUCAAAGCACAAUAUCUAAUGGUGGUUAAUAUUUGACCAGCUGUAUUGGAAACUGAUCUUUUCCACAAGUCUUUUCAAGUCCAGAGUGGCCCCAAAACUUUCCCUUCCUUUUUCUGUUUCGUUGAUUUAAAGGCAACGGUCAGUCAUUUUAUUGGCAAAGUGCUCCACAUCUUACUUAGCCUCUUAUAGAAGUUUGUUUGGAUUGUAAAUUGUGUUCAGAAGGUGGCAUUAAAAUUCACAUUCCUGCACACACACCCUGAGAGGAGACGGGGAGGGAGGAGUGAGUGUGUGUGUGUAUGAGGAGAGCUGGACAGGCCGUAGGAAAACAGAGCGAGGGGCAGACUUAGCAGGCUAAUGCACACACACUCUGAGAGGAGACGGGGAGGGAGGAGUGAAUGUGUGUGUAUGAGGAGAGCUGGACAGGCAGUAGGAAAACAGAGCGAGGGGCAGACUUAGCAGGCUAAUGCACACAAGUGCAAGUGAACACAAGCCACACACAUGCUGCACACUCUAGCACCAAUGUGUAUCACAGACAGACAGACAGAAAAUGAACAUGAUCACACACACAAGCACACAUUCAGGUCUAAGGAUUUCACUGAACGUUAUUUGUAAUUAAUUUAUGCUGUCAUCUGAUUGGUGUUUGGCUGUGUGUGCAACAUGCAACAUGACUCACCCUCACCCUCUUCCUCAUUCCACCCUCAGCUUCAUUUGGUCUUAAAUUUCCACCUUCACUUCUUUGACUCGUUCAACAACAUUAAAGUACCUUACCUUGUUUAGACAAGUGAAAAGGAAAGUCUGUCAGACACUUCAGAGCUAGAAACCUGCUACGUGAGGCGACUGGAAAAGUAGUGAACAUUUCUAAAUCAUGGGCAAACUGUCUGUCCUUUUAUUUGUUCAUUCGUUUUCCACCAUUGUCAACUCAGGUUCAGGAUCACAUUCUCUGUGGGUACUUGCAACAUAUAUAAGCGGAGAGACGCCUUUCCCUGAGUUUACAGUUGUGGUGAUGUUGGAUGAUGUUCAAGUGGCUUACUAUGACUCCAACAUAAAACACUUCAUCUACAGGGUAAAUAACACCCCUAACAAAAUACAUGAUAACGAAGCUCAGGACGGAGCUUAUAUACUUGGAAUGAUGUACAACAACAUGAAAGAGAGAUCAUUUAACCUAAAGCACCACUUCAACCUCACAAAAGGUGUUCAAGUUCAGCAAAGAAUGUCUGGCUGUGAGAUUUUGGACAAUGGUGAACCGGUCAUGUUCAUGGUAAAGGACACUUUCAAUGCCAUCUAUACAGAUCAAAUGGUAUAUUACAACAUGACACAUUUUAUAUAUGAUGCUGGGAAACUACUACUAGGAUGGGAUGGGAUGAGGCGAGCAUUUGAAAGAGUACUAUUUGAGAAUGUUCACCUUCCCAUUUGCAUCAGAACACUGAAGACAUUUCUGAAGAGAGAGAAGAACAUUGUGAUGCGUAAAGUUCCUCCCAGACUCAGGUUGAUAAAGAAAGAGGUUUCUGGAGGGUUUCAGGUGAGCUGCCUGGCGUUUGAUUUCUACCCCCGCCACAUCAACCUGACCCUGCUGAGAGACGGCCAGCCAGUGGCAGAACAGGAGCUGACAGGGGGGGAGCUGCUGCCUAGUGGAGAUGGGACCUACCAGCUGAGGAAGAGUCUGGAGGUCAGUACUGAGGAGCUAAAGAAGAGACACGACUACACCUGUACUGCCUCUCACCUCAGUCUGGACAACAAGCUGGAUGUCAGUUGGGAGUCUGGGGCAGAGAGAGUUCACCUGUCCACCCUCUCAGUUCUACUGGUGAUGCUGCUGAUUGUUAUUCUAUUGGCCAUUUUCAUUUGUGUCAAAAGGAGGAGGAGUAACACUGCCUCCCAGCUGAAACUUGCCAACGUUGAUGCAAACGUAUCAGAGGAAAUAAACCUUUCUUCAGAUUCUGAGACCUAAAACAUUUUUGGGACACUGAUGCAACUUUGUCAAUUCAGCUCAAUUCACAAUGAAAAUAUGACUGCCAGAGCAACUAUCAGAGUAGACACAAAAUGUACGAAUGAUUCUGUUAUUGUCAGUCAAUCUUCUCUUCCUCUCAACAACGGACUGUAAAGGAUCAGUUUGGGGAGACUGUUGACAAUUGUACCCUGAUGAAGACAGCUUGCCUGUCGAAACGUUGGUAAUUAAAUAUUUUUGCAUCUGAGCUCCUAGAGUGUGCGGCUCUCCUUUAUUUUCUAGUUUUCUACUCCGCUAGCCAGCACCUCGCCUACAUAGGUGUGCGUUUCUUUUUUCUUCGAGACUGUUGACAAUAACAAAUAUCGGGGCAUUAUAAGUCCAGAUCUGUAAUUUCUAAUCAUGAAUAUUCAUUAAUUUCAGAAUGUACUCUAUAUCUGUGCUGUAUUAGCUGAUAUCCAGUAUCUUAACCAGAAGGAGAAUCAUGUGAUCAUGUGUGUGAGGUCUGUUUAUUAUUGGAAUGACUUUACAGUGUCUCUGUUUUGUAUUGUAUGUAGUGUAUGUUCAUCAUUACUGCACAAUAAUACAUUUAUUACAGACAAUAAACUGUAGCCUAAUCGA